GUAAACAAGAAGCCAUUUCUUGUGACCCCUGGAAGUUGUUUUGUUCCACCUGUGACUUACACCACAAUGACAUUCAGCGAGAAGGAUGGUAUUCCUUUAAAAGUUAUUCUGAACCUUGGCAAACUGAAGACCAAGCUGGAAUCCAUCCAAGCCAGCAUAAAAGAACCUGAAAGUGGAGUAAUACAAGCGGUAUAUGAUGGACGAACUAAGAAUUCGCGAGAAGCUUUUAAUAAAAAUAGCACUUCGCUGUGUACUCAUAAUAAACGAAAAGGUGGAAGCAUAUCAACAGAAGGAUCACUUAAACGUUGA